CCCCAAUUUGUAUGCGAUACAAAUGUACUGGUACUUUGCGGCCCCAGUUUCGCCUGUCAGUAGAAACGCGUCUACUGCCAAGACUUCUUCGCUCCAGCAACGUUGGCGACAUCGACCUCGACCUGCCUGCUGUACUGGACAACCACUCCCCGCGGCCAUCACCAUUCAAUCGCUGCUUCACUCCAGACCUCUUAUCGCUGCCAGAGGCAUCCGAUUAUUGCGAUAAUACCUCCAAGAUCGACUCAGCCGACUCACCGCGAUUCGUGAGACCCGUCGCCUCCCUCGAAGACUCAACCGCAAAAGAUUCAUCCCACCCCUAUUGAACUCAGCAUCUGCGAUAAAGAUGUCGGGGCGAUAGACUGCGAUUCAAUCACAAUACUCUCCAUUGAUCAGCACUCGCCAAAGACGACCGUCAGGCUCGGGGUUGUUACGAGGCGUCCAUCCUAUCUCCCGCACCCAGGACACGCCGGUGAAUAGACCGAGCCCGAUAAACGAAGGCGAUGCCGGGCACUGAGCCGUAUUCGUCUCCCUUCAUUCUUGAUUUGGAUGUGUCGGAGGACCCAGACGACCAGGAUUUCGAGUUCUUCAACCCAGGCACGCCAUACAUAGCUUCGGGAAGCCCUGGUUCUUUUCUGGACCAAAACCUCCCUCCCGGAGAGAGGAGAGCGAAUUUUGGGUCACCUGCGAUAGCUCAGAAAGGCAGCGCUGAAAACAGGACUUCCGCCGUUGCAACGGGCCCACGAACGCCCUCGAUACCUUCUUCAGAUUCUCCAGGCGGCUCUUUUCAUGACUCGUCCUCAGACUCCUCAACAUACAAUAAACGAAAACCAUUGUUGGAAUCAUCAGAACCUACCUUCGAAGCCAAAGACGCCUCAAUGAAUGAUGCUGAGAUGGGCGAUUGGAAAGUGGAGGGGGGACAUGGACCGGACGAUUCAGAGGCCUACGGGCCAUACAGCGCCACAACGGCCUCGUCCUCGACCGCUACAGCGUUCGAUUUUAACGACAAGAUAAUGGAAAACGAUUUCGACUUUGAUAGUGCUGCAAGCAGCCCAAGCCAUUUCGCGUCCGCCAUGAAGUCGCCGGAAAUGCCAACUAUCAAGCAUGACACUUCAAGUCGAAACACCCCAGUUAUGAAGCAUAGAGCAGCAGGCCACCGUUCGAAAUCCUCGCAAAAUUCCAUCACCAACACAAUGCACGGUCUGACGACCAACGCAUCCCGCGAAGCCUCUCCUUUGUCCACAAUGAUCACGAGCCAGGAAUCUUCACCAUCAGUAUUCUUCAACAAUUCUCCGUCCCCUGCCGGCGGAGUAGAGUUUAUCAAUGGAACGAUGCUUGGUAAUGGGGCACAGAACAAUCCCUGGCAAACAAACUACGACUUCAGCAUACCAAACUCGAUGGUGAGUGGUGGAGGUUUUAUGCCCAUGCGCAUGAACAACAGCAUUCCCCAACAGAUACCUUUCUCAGCUGGCAUGUCUCUUAUGGAUACCAUGUAUAAGCCAGUCUUGGCCAUUCAUCCAACUCCAUUGAAGUCGCGAGUAGAGACUCAAAUCCCUAUCAAGAUGACGCUUUUCCCGUUUCCUCCCGGUAUUACAAAACUUCAUCUACCUACCCACACCAUUUCGAAGCCCAAACUGCUGGCGAAACAGCCCCUUACCAAAUCACCUGAUACCUUAGAACUCACAACAACCCUGGUUUGUACUAGUGCAAUGCAAAAUCCAGAAUUUCGCCGGCGAGCCUUUGAACGUGCUGCUGGAGCUCCCAAAUCUUCAGAGUCGCGUUCAGAGGACGAAGCCGAUACGGUAGCAGAUGAUGAUGAUGAGAACAAGCCCCUAAAUGGAGGGGAGGUGAAGAUAUGCUCUGGAUGCAUUACCCGUGAGCGUAAGCGUGCUGCGAGGAAGAAGGUCAAAAAGGUUGAAGAGGAAGAAUCCUGGCACAAGGACGAAGACAAACGCGUGAUCGUCUUCAACACCCACGAAAUCAAAGACUGGCAACAACCAUCGAGCCAAGUAUUAUCCGAUACGGUAGGAGACCGACGGGAACCAGUCGUUCAUGAGGGCGCUUUACAAGUUGAUGCUCCUAUGCGCAUCGCUUGUUAUUGCAGGCAUCAAAAUGAGAAAUUGGGGUUCCAGGUUAUAUUCACAAUCAAAGACUGGACGGGACGUCUGGUAGCUCAAGAGAUUACGUCUUCGAUCAUGAUCACAGAUGACCAUAAGACACACAACAUGCCUCCUCAUUUAAUGGGGCCAGGCGGCGCUGGUGUCAACGAACAUGGAUUCAUGAAUAACCCUGGCGUCGAUAUGAAUUUCGAUAUGCCCAUGGCGUCGUUUCGUGCAUCGCAGUCAAACACAGAUGUGCAAAACCUCCAAAGGAACUACCCCCUAUCAUAUGCUUCUUCUUCGGUACUUGGUACUCCUCAGGUAUCUCAAAAUGCCCCGAGCACGACGACUCCGCGCAGCUUGUCGAGGCAGGCAUCGCCUUCUGGAUCAAUUGGUCCAAGUAACAAAAAGCGAAAAGCUAGCGGGUCUAGCAAAGUCCCAAGCGGUCUCGCCAUGACAAGACUCGAGACUAUGCCGCAGCACCCUGGAGGCCUGAACCCCGCAGCCAAUGGCUCGGGCGCUGCCUCAUCUCAACCUCCAUAUGGAACUUCACCCAACAUGUUCGCUUCCCCUCAAGACACAACGUUCAACCACAUGCCCCAAUCAGUACAACCGGGCCAUACUCAAUUUAACGCUGGGUCACCCACUCAAAACGGCAACGGGCAAGGUUUUAUCUCGAAUAACAAUAGAUCCCAAAGUAUGGAUAACCUUGCUUUGAACCAGCUAUACUCGGCGCCAACCUCCACACAUCCAAGCCGCGCACCAAGCCCGAACAGUAUGAGGAACAACAUACAGGCGUAUCAACAGCAGCAAGCUCAGAUUGCACAGGCAGUUGCUAAUGGCCUAUAUGGGAUGCCCCUGCCGCUCAACCCCCAAAGGCCACCCACCAUUCACAAGAUGAUUCCAAAUGAAGGGCCAAAGGCUGGAGGGAUUGAAGUGACGUGCCUUGGUAGCGGAUUCUGUCAAGGCUUGGAAGUUAUGUUUGGGGAUGUGAAAGCCACUACCACGACAUAUUGGGGCGAAACGUCGCUUGUCUGCUUGCUUCCUCCUGCGACUACUGGCGGAACUGUUGCAGUCACAUUCAAGCAUCAACACCAGCAACAACUGCAGCCCUACCCAUCACCACCGAUCCUUAAGCAACAGGCAUUCUUUAAAUAUGUUGACGACGAUGAACAACAGAUUAUAAGAACGGCUCUGUCUGUAUUAGGGCACAAGAUGACUGGGAGGAUGGAAGAUGUCCGUGACUUGGCACGAAGAAUCGUGGGUGAUGGGCCAUCAUCUUGGGGUGUCGCUGGGGGUGCUUCACCGACAGGUGGAACGCAGCAACCACCUGUCUCUCGUUUCAACGCCGCCAUAUUUGGUGUUGAUGUCGAAGCAACACUCCUAAGAAUACUGGACCUCAUUGACUUAGAUGAUAGCUCGCAUCUACCUCGCCUGAACAUGCGACGAGCAUCUGGUCAGACGAUGCUUCACUUAGCGUGCUCAUUGGGCCUUCAACGCUUUGUUCCGGCUUUGUUGGCACGAGGCGCUAACCCGGAGCCCCGUGAUAAAGGGGGUUUCACGCCCAUGCACAUUGCAGCGAUGCAUAAUCACCCUCAGAUUAUAAGACGACUCAUUCUCUGCGGCGCAGAUCCUUCGUGGAGGACUCUCCAGGGUUAUACAGCCUCCGAUUUGUGCACAACCGAAGAAACUCUUCAAUCCACUCGUCGUGUAGAGCGUCAUAGCCGCAGGCGUAGUGGCGGCUCUAUUCGCAGUAGGACAAGCAGCGCCACGUCCCUCCAGUCACUAUGGGAACCGCGUUCAAGUGGAGCCGAAGUUACGACAUUGCUAGGUGUUAGUGAUGACGCAGAUGAUACAUCUGAGACGGAGGACCCCGAAUACAGCGAUGAAGGGGGCGAUGCUGCUACACCCGAUGAAGUCUCUUGGAUGCGCCCACGACGCAGGAGCGCAGCUACCCCAGACCUUGACGCUUCGCUUUCAAAUGAAGCCAAUGGUCUUCCCGUCCCCACAACCGACGCUGUGGGAGCUGGGUUCGUAUCACCGGCAGCAGCCAUGACAGCAUUCCGCGAUCAUUUGACUGCACAAAUUCAGCAUAUUCAACAGUCUAUGCAACACCUUAACUUACCGCAAAUCCCAAACCUACCAGACUAUCAAGCAUAUUUGCCAACGGCACCUAUGGUUCGCCGAAUCAGCUCACUAGUACCACACAUAGGUGUCUCCAGAAAUACCGAUGUUGGCCCAGCAAAUAAGGAGGCAGAUUCAAAAUGGUGGGACCUUUUCUCCGGAACUAUCUCGAAUGCUCCUCCCGCAUAUGAGGAUAUCUUCCCCCAUGAGGAGGCCGACACCAAAAGAGCGUCGGCUACUCAGGCUGCAGCAGAUGCGAUCGCUGAUGACAAAUGCUCUACGCUAUAUGACCAAGCACAGUCGUCGGGCUCAAGCGUGGCCUCAAGUUCCAAAACUUCAUCGCAAGUAUUAGAGAACUUGGAUACUAGUUCCAAGCAUUCCUUAUCCGAAGAAGGACAUGCUCAAAUCCGGCUGGCACAUGGCAAAAAGAUCCGAUUCCGGAGUGAUAGGAAGCUAUUUUUCAUUUGGAUUCCUAUUCUAGUAAUUAUUGUGGCUACCAUGCUCUACAACCGCGUUCCUAAAGUGUGGGCAGAGGGGACUCGACUUGUCAAGUCGUAUGCUCGGUCGAGAGCUGAGCGGGCAGUGGAGAUUUUGUAAUUUACCAACCGUUUUUAAGGUUGCUCCCGAUUUGGGAUUAUGACACUCAAGAAAGCUUCUUGGGACGAGGGCUUGUUCAGUAUUGGUGGGAUUGAGAUGAUGGUUUAUUUAUAGGGUGUUUACGUGGAGUGCGGUUGGGUACAGCGUGUUUCCCAGUUUGAUAUAAUUGUUUACAUUCAGUGGUUGUUAAAUUCAGCCAUGCCCUACUAUUCUCUCCAAGAAACAAUUCGCCGCCGUAAUUGUGUGAGCCAUCUUACGACAGGUCUAUUCUUUAUCUGUAAACGGACAGCCUUGUCGUUGUUGAAAAACGCCAUCAGGAUUUGUUCUGCCUCCUCCGUGCCUGGGCCCGUUGGGCGCCACUAACAGCUAACCUAUCGGCCGCCUCGUUACUCGGAUCAUUUGAAUGGCCUUUGAUCCAGUUGAAAAUUGUGCCGGAUCCAUGUCCUUGCCGUUCCCUGAUCCUCGCAAGAAUGUCUACGACCAGGUCCUUGUUCAUAACGGGCUGGUUGGUUGAGGUUAACCAGCUAUUCGUCUCCCACUUCUUAAACCAGGUCGUCACACAGUUUAUGCUGUAGUUGCUGUCUGUGUAGAUGUGGACUUCACGGUGCAUUGGCGCAAUCUCAAGCGCACGCAAAAUGGCCGUAAGUUCGGCCCUUUGGUUGGUUUGAAGUUCACCCUCCAAUGCCUCGGAAAUGUUCCUAGUGGGCCAAAAAUCAGUAUUUCUUUCUGCAGAUAAAGGGUCCAUUCCAGUGUAGUAUGAUCAUCAAUGAAUUGCUCUGGACGGUAAGUUGAGACGCACCUAUCAUCUCCAUCCCCAAAAAACACACCAACUCCAGCAACAGCUCCCACCUUUCCAUUGGCCAAACUGCUGCCAUCUGUAUAUAUACUGAGAGGCUUCGACUUGGCAUCGGCGGCACGAGACUUAGCAGCCGAGGUUGUGGCUGCUAUCUGGACUGUAUUUUGACUGGUCUUGGUCUGGUCGACCGAGGCCACAGGAGAGGUUUUUUUCCUCUUUAAUGGCACCGUCGGGCUCUCAGCUUCCGACACUUCGUCAUCCAAAUCUUCGGGUUGUUCGUCUUCAUCUAUCAAUUCUGUGGUGCCUGAAUCCACCUUGCCAGGGCGGCCGCCAGCUUGAACAAACGCUUCCGCCUCACCUCUUGUGCUGAACCUUUUGUAUUUAGGUAGCUUCCAUCCCUUUAUCUGCUCUUGAGCAGUCGUCCAGUCGGUAUAUACACCAGGAUUGUGGCCACUCGCCACGCCAUAGAAACGAGUUUCUCCAAUAGGAGCAGAGGGGCCUGAAUUCGACUCUCUCCCAGAUACAAAUGCCUCUGCUUCGGAUCGAGUUGAGAACGAUUUGACUUUCAAAGUUAGAUAUAGAGCAAAUAUGAGCAAGGUAGAGCCACUCACAGCUGGCGCCUUUGAAACCGGUAAUGCUCUCCUUGCACUCGUUCCAAUCCGAGUAGACGCCCGGGUGACGACCAGCCCGCACAGCGUAAAAUUUGGGCUGGUUGGCAGCUUUCCUCUUCUUAGACGCCGACUCUGGCACGCCCUUCCCUCCCAAUGCAGCCAUCCUGGGCCCAGUAGUCUCGCGAUAAAGAGGCGUGGGGGGUGCUACAGAACAGACAAACGAGCGAAGACCGAGCUGCACCCCAGGCACUGGGGCAACGGACGCGAUUUCAAAGAGACGGCGGUUACUGAUGAACCGGGCUGAUAAUUUCAAAGGUUGCCUGUAGCGGAGUAUUGCGUUUACAGGCCCUGCUUGUCACCAGAGGGAAGCUGUACGGGCCACCGUCUCCAUGUGGCUGGUAGGUUCGCUCUUGCUAUCGAACAAAGACAAAGAUGCGACACGUACGGUCUUAUCCAAUCAAGACCACUAAGUAGUAACGCGGCAGGUCAUAAAGAUAUGAGCCCAAAAUACACCAGAGGGAUUUACGUUUCAUGUGUUUGUGGUUGAGACUGGA